GGGGAUGAGGUGCGGGGAGCAGGGUCUGGGUGCAGCGGGACUCAGGAGCCUGCGGGUAACAAACUGCUGCGACCUUCAGCGCCUUGGGCUCUGCGGUGGGGACGUGGAGUGCCCUGCACAGGGUCAAGCAGACUUAGGUCAGGAUGGCACCUCCCUUGGCAGAGAUGGCAGCUCACUGCAGAAUGGAGAACUAUAAGAAGACCAAAAUUGUGGAGAAACCUUGUACUCCUCCUUUCACUGACCUGCCUGCUGAUAUUAUUGAAAUGAAGGUGAAGGAUGGGAGCAAGAUAAGGAAUCUGAUGGGUUAUGCCAUGGGCAAGAUGGAGCAGGACUCGGUGAGGCAGAUUCUUUUCACUGGCUCAGGCAAGGCCGUCAGCAAGACCAUCACCUGUGUGGAAAUCAUGAAACGAAGGCUCAAGGAGCUGCACCAGAUCACCAAAGUGCUCUUCAAACAGAUAGAAGAAAUCUGGGAACCCAUUGUGCCUGAGGCCGGCCUCGAUGCCUUGACAGUGAAGAGAAACAUUCCUGCCAUUUGUGUCCUACUGAGCAAAGAUGCCCUGGAUCCUCAGGAGCCGGGGUACCAGGCCCCAGGAUCUUUCGAUGCCUUCUGGACUGAGACACUGAAAGCAGAGUCGCAGGGGCAGAUGAAGAGGAAGCAGGGUGGAGGCCGGGGAGCUGGCAGCACGGGGAAGCACCCUCGCUCCACCAGGGGAAUGCCGGGGGGGCCCUGAGGCAGCAGCUCCGCGCGUGGCUCGGGGGAGCUGCGGAAACCAGCCCGGGGCUGUGGCUGCACAGCUGCUGGACAUGGGGGCUCGCAGAGGGCAAGGGGAGGGCAGGAGGAGCGGACUGUUAUAACGGGGUGUGAUCGUAGCUGUCUGAAAAUGUGUUUUGACAAGUUCCCUUGCCAGAGGCUGCCAGGCUGUAGUCCUUAGGGGUUCGUGGAAGGAGGGAAUUGUCUCUGCUUGAGCAAGAACCGUUGGUGCUGUCAGUGAGCCCCAGCGAUGGGCUGCUAGCCCAGCGAGGUGUGAGGUGCCCGGGGGUGCAGCAGCCCAGCAGUGGGACAGGCACCUGCCUGUGUGCCAGGUGCAGGUUGCUCUGACCGAUACAAACAGGAGACAGACCUGGUGUGGAAUCCCCAGGCAGCUGCCAGCACUGCCCGGGCUCUUGAGCGUGCAGACAGCAGGGCACAGGGCUGGGCCAGCCAUUUCUGUGCCUGAAGAGUCCUCCUGCUGAGCCUGUCGGUGGGGUUGGUUGUAGGACUGCCAGGAUACAGCUCUGUCUGGCAUCAUCUGCACGUAGCUCCCUUUGGAGCUGGCAGUCGUGGCUCUCUCUCCAGACAGGCAGCAGUUGACUCGUGCUGUAACCAGGCUGAAUUUCUGUGGCUCUGCAUCUGUCCUGGGGGGUGGUAAUGGGAAGCUCCAAAGGAUCCUGUUCUUUCCCCUUUCUGCUCCUCGAUAAUGUACAAAGAUGGCUUUAAAAUAAAGGUGUAACUUC